AUUAAGAAAAUUCAUCAAAAACGCAAACACGAAUUAAAAUCUCUCAUAACAAAACUAGCUUUACAAAAACGAAAUAUCAGAGUAUUCUCAGAUUGUCAAACGUAUCAAAUUGAGAAUCGAAUCGUGAUUGGUCGAGGAGUUUUAAGAAGACAAAACAGAAGGAAAACAAGAAUAAAGUCCCUAGAUAUACAUUAAAUCUAUAUGUUCAAAAGAGAGGAAUAAUUUUCCUAGUAUAAUACGAAGCAAGUAAGAUUUGUCUAAAAUUUUCCAUUCAUUAGAAUACCAUCCACUUUAUAUGCAGUGUUCAGACGUGUCUUUAUUUUGUACUUUUAAGUGAAAAUAAAAGUAAAGAUAUUAUAUUUCAUCCAUUGUUUCAAAUUAAGCGGUCAAGUGAAACCAAGUUGGAUUCAAAAUAGACUCCGGUUGAAAUUUUAAACGAGAACGAACAGCAGCGCCACAAUUCCCUAUUAAACAAGGAACGUCAACCGUUCCUCGUUCUUCGGUCCGGUUCGUCCGGCUAGUCGUUCGCCAUCCAAAAUAUCCAGGCUGGCACGGUCGAGUUUACGAUUGUGUGCGUAGGCCCAAGUGUCUCUUUCGGUUCUGUCUCGUUGGUAGGUCUCGUGGUGGUCGGCCAUAUUGCGUAUAUGUACGUAUCGCCCAGUGACUCGCACGUGUAUGCAUGUGUACGUCAUACAUACACGCGUGUGCGUUUCCCGUUCCGCGAUUCGCAUAUCUCGAAAAAGAUGGCCGCCAUGAAAGCGUACGGUGGUGAUGUUGACGUCGUUCGCAGCAAGGCCGCGUCACGUCCUCGAAAAGCGUGAAUUGAACGCGAUCGUUCGAAUGCUUCCACGAUCCUCGUGGUGUGCCCGUACGAGGAAACGAUAUAUCGAAGAAGUUCUCGGUGAUAGAGAAACGCGAGUGCAGUGUUCACUGGAUCUCUCUUCUCCCAAUUGUCGACGAAAACGGCCAGAAACGGGAGAGAGGAGAAAGAAAAGAGGAAGAACGAGCGAAGAACGUGCUCGACGAGGGGUUGAAGGGAAUCGCGUGUGACAGAGAGAGGAACAAACGAGGAUCGGAGGUAGGAAGAGAAGAAAGAAGAGAAAGCUGGAGGUAUCGCGUGGAAAAUACAGCAAGGGUGAAUACGGAAGUGAAUAGUCGCAUGUAGAAUCGCGGGUGGUUGUGUGUGGUGCCGCGAGUGAAACAAAUGCGAGAGCGUCGUACGCGAACAAGCCUCUCUCUCGCCAAUGAUACCCUGGUCAACCUGUUUUUUGCGUUUCCACGGCGUUGCAUUUUACGCGUGACUCGAAACUCCAUGUCAACGAGGGACGGCCAUAUUAAUCCGUAGCCCCCGCCGUCACACUUAUUCCGAAGAAUUCUCGCUUCCUCGAAGGUGGUGUCUCGACAGUUUCACGAUCGUCGUUACUUUUAUUUGUGCGUAGCCCCGUGCGUUACCGUGUUCGUGUAUACGUGUUGUGUCGUGCCUUGUCCUCACGUCGUACCCCGGUGCCGUGUGCGUAUUUCGUGUUCGUGAUCCCCGACCACUUGGAUAUACGCGCUUACGUAGCCCUCCAGGUUUCGCCGAAUGACGGUACGCGUACGUGAUGCAUGGACAGCGGCACUAGCGUGUACAAGCAACAUAGACGACGGCCACUCCGCGAGUUCCGUGCCGCCCGAUGUUUGUGCAUCCUACCGAAACAAUUCACCGGUUCUCCACCACCGUGUCUACCCACUCUGCCAGCAGUACCACCCUUCCUAAAUCCUGCACUACCCACAGAAACUAGGAUGUGCUCAAAGUUGUUACGCUGCAUCCACUCAUCUCCACUAGUACCGAGAUCGCGCGACUCGCAGCAGAUGAUAACGGUGCAGCAGGAAUUGGCGUCGAAUUGGUAGUGGGCCUCGCCCGUGUCCUGGCUGAGACCACCCGGAGGGAACGAGAGGGAAGCAGGAUAAAACCCGGAGUCAGUCUGGAGAAGGGAAGAGGAACGGAGACCGGUAGAGAUAAAGCGGUAGAAAGGGGGGCGAAGAAAAAUAGGCAACGGGAAGGGGAAGGGAAAGAGAGAAAAGGAAGACGGAAGCGAAAGGGAAAAGAUUGGAGGGACAAGAACGAGGAGGCUGAGGGCAGAGUAAAGAAGAGAGGGAGGCUGGUCUCGUAGGAGGGCAUCGUCUAGAGAUCUUCCCAGUAAAUUCGGAAUCGAAACCUCGAGGCUGCGAAGGUCGCUGAUGUCCGCUACGAGCCCUGCCCCUACCCCUGCCACCUCGCCGUCGCCCGAACAGAACGGAACCGGAACACCCUUGGCCCCGUCGACGCCUGGGAAGCUUGCUUCGUUAACCGGCACCCUAGGCCUCGAUCCAAGAAGAAGGGACAAGUAUUCCUGGGAUAUUCUGUACGAGUCUCGUCGGCCACCACGCGCUCUCUCGCUAGGAACAUCUUUAGUGACACUGCUGCUGUACCGCCGAUCAGCUCGACCACCCCUCUGAAUGUCUUCGCACAUACAAAAGUCGUGCGUGGGGCUUGAAGCGACACUGAGUGACAGCAAAAAGAAGUACGGUGACAAGGUGAAUGCACUUCUGUCCGCCUGGGAGCAUGUCGCCAAUCUCAUUCCUGGGGCAACGCCAGAGGCCACCCAGGCUCUCAUAGAAUGGGUUCACAACCACACAUUGAAAUUGGUACUGCGCGGGGAGUGGCCGUCGUUGGCACCCGCGACGAAGACGCACCUCAGCGUAACUCUGCAGAGGUGUGCGUCUCACCUGGUGCAACACCCCGCUGCACCCAGGUGUACUGCCCUGAUAGGUCUGGUACACAAUCCAUGGGCACGUCCCGCUCUCGACAGUAUACUUAACGGCCAACCGGAUUCCGAACAUGAAGAGGAAUUCUGCUGUUCGGAGAAAGGCGAACUGUUAACGAUGAGGCUGGAGAUACUUUGCGAGGACCGCUGCGAGGACAUAGCAGUGAACCUCGCCGCCGCUUGUGUUCGUUCUCUGCGGCGGAGCGAUCGGUUGCGCUCGCUGUCGGAUUCUCAACACGUUCACUACAUGAUCGACGUCUACAUUGUUCUCCUGUUUAAAUUGAAACGCAUGCAAGAUAUAUUCGCUCAAUUAAAAUUAAUGGACAUCCGCGACGGAUUGGAGUUGGUCCAAAGACUCAGCGGCGAAAGACCAACGAAAUAUGGAACUGCGCGUGUUUGGAGGAAUUCGGUAAAGGCUGCCGAAUUAGUUGCACAAUAUCUCGUUACCGCCGGCAUGGUUAGCCCCGUGUCGGACACGGGUGCGCAUAUUUUGGAACAAAUUCUCAGCUCCUGGGCGAUAUUGCAUUCGAAAUUAAAGGACGUCGACACUCCGUUGCCGGGGGUGAUAAGGAAAUUAAUCGAACCCGCCGAGAGCGCCCAGCAUAUCUACAUCUUUUGCGCCGUGCUUGCGAAACAUUUUGGCGAUAGCAUAAAGCCUCUGGUGAUCGAGCUGUACAUCAGGGCGUUGACGACGGACAUGAACGAGCUGGAGAGUCAAAAGGCAAAGUCCGACAAGGAGAAGGUCCGCGAGACCGCGAAACGUUUGAGCGCUCAAUUCCUUAAACUGGCGGUAGUGGUUGACAGCAACAUCGGCAUCGCUCGGGAAUGCGUUCUUACCGCGUUUUCUCUGCAUCCUACGCGAGCAUGCUACGACAGGAUCAAAGAGAUCGCUGUGGCUUGCGGAAAGACGAAAGAGGAUGGGUCAACGGCCGAUGAAAAUGUUGACAAGCUGAAACACGCGAUCGAGAAUAAUCAUUCCAACGCAGGGUUGACGCAGAACGAGAACGCCACCGUGGAGAAGAACGAAAAUGGGGAAUCGUCUUCGUCUUUGUACGGUUCAUCCUUGCUUUCGACAUCCUCGUUGUCCGACCCGAGCGCAGCUGUUACGACGUCGACGGUAAUGAAGAAGGGCAUCGAUUUUCAGAACGGCCAAGUGUGCAAGAACUUUGAUCGGACGGAUCAAUUAUUGAAAAGUCUUUUAACCGCUCCAAGAAAGGGCGAGUCGACGCUGAAAGCGGGCGACAGGUGUCCCUUACAUGCGAAGAGAGAACCACUGUUCAAUGAACCGCUGGGCGAGCUUUGUUUUAAUUGCGGCGAGUUUACAGGGACCGAUAUCGCCGACCAAAAGGCCAAGGAUACGAACGAAUCGACGUCUGGGAACGUGGAGAGAUCGCUGGAUGCGUUGAUACUGAUCAAAGGCGACGCUGUCACGGGUUCGUCGAAUUACGAUGAGAAAUCGGUGCCGAAUCAAGUCCUGGACGCGGAGAAGCUUGGCUUGUCGCCGCAACUUUGCGAUGAUUUGGCGGUGGUUCUGAGCAGUCCUCGCUAUCACAUGCUCAGCUGGGUGUUGGAUUGGAAGGAGCUGAACAGCCUGUGCGAGAGAUACUUAGAGAACGCCGAAGAGAUGAGAAACACCAACAAAGAACUGAAGUAUCUCAAUAUCGAUUAUUCGCAAUUCAAAGAUUGGCCUUCGGAAGACGACACCAAGGAUAUCUUUUUCGGCAUCGAGAAGGGAUACGAGCAAUGGGUCGACAUGCCUUCCGACAACUCUGAGCAGUUUGGUAGCUUUCAGCCUGCUGGAACGUACAAGAGAUCCUCGACCAGAAGGAGUCUCGACGAUACUACCACGGAUUCUGACAGCGGAAGUGUACUUCGCAUCAGGAGGACGGGAAAGCAAAGGAAGAUUCACAGGCUGGUGUCAUCUGAGAGCGACUACGACAGCGCGGAACAUAAAAUGAAACACUUCAGGAACACGGUCAGCUCGUUGUCUGACAGCGACAGCAACACGCAAGACAGUCAGGCGGAUAGUCUUGGUAGCGAUAAUUGUCGAUUAGAAACGAAGAAGAAGACCGGUAAAUCGUCUGGCAAGGAGGCGAACAAGAAACGUCCCAAGUCGGCGAAAUUGACCGUGGAGUCGGUCUCGCAUUUUCACAUGCUCGUCAACGAGAACGUUCGACGCACGAAUCCAAACGAAGAUGCGAGCGGUUCCGACGUGAGCAGCAACGAUAUCAUAACACUGUUCUCAGCCGAUAUGGACGAGAACAAACGCGAGACGAUCAAAGGCUCGGCGUACACGGCAGCCGCGCCGUUGAUAAUCACCGAAAGAAGAAGCGACCCCGCGGUACUUAAAUCUCUGAGAAUGUUCAGGCCACAGAACUCGAAGAAGCCCACAAGAAUUUCACAAAUAUUGCAAAAGAAUCUGCUGAACAAGAGCAAGGACAAUAAUUUAGAAAAUAACGCGAACAGCGUGACGAAAUUCGCCCCCAUGCUCAGCACGUUGAACUUGAAUCCGAAGAUAGUGUUGACCAGGGCGGACGAGAUCGACAGAAGACUGAUUUGUUCGAAGAAACAGCAACGAUUGAGCACAGGCGACAUCACCAGCGAGCUGAUGAACAUUCAGAAGAACAUGCCGUUCUCGCCGAACAAGAACGCGAUGUCUACGUAUCAGAAGCAGAAGGGGAACAGAGGAACGAACACGACCAAGUCGGAUCUAGGUUCCAUCAACAGGGGACGAGACUUGAACUCCAAGUCGAAUUUAGGGAAGCGAAAGUUCGAUAUCCUCGCGAAAGCUGUCAGAGACUCGGACAUAUUGGCGAAAAAUGUUCCAGGCUUGAACUCGUUGGACAUGAUGGUGCCGCCACGAAUGCGACCCACCGUGAACGUAGUGCAACUCUCUAGAAACAUUCCACAGAGCCCGAAUUCGGGCUCGGUUAACAGCGGCAAUACUCCUCCUAGACCGAAUAGAACACCGAGCGUGGCUGGAAACAUUCAAUUGCCUGGCACACCCUCCUCUGGGGGACACGACAGCGGCGUGGGUAUGAGCCCGGCCGGACAGACACCUCCUCCCAGAUCGUCGACUCUUCCCGACGUAGGCGAGGAGGCGAAUCAACCACCCGAUGGCUCGCCGACUUCCUCGAUGACCACGAACGUCUCUAGUCAACUGGAGCCGGAUUCGAGUCCCAGAACAGCGCCGAUUCGUCGGAAUCAGCAAAGUCAGUCGCCCAAAAAGUCGCCUUCUCCUUGUUCCGCAGUCACGACGACGACCACCACCACCACCACCACGACAAGCUCAGCCGUUGCUACGGCUACCGCAAGCAUCGCGUCCGAGCAGUUGCAGAUCGUCUGCAAACCGGACGGUACUUAUCAGUUGGCCUCCGUGAACCCAAACGUCGUAUCCAGUCAAAGGAGCGUUCUCAAUCUGCAAAAUAUAGACGACGGGGGAAGCGUUGGUGGCUUCUCUCGGCAGACCCAGCACGGAGAGAACGCAACCAGCAGAAAUACGUACGAUAGACUAACGUCUACGAAGACAACCGCGCAAUCCGGACAAAACGCUGGCCUGCCAAAGUUUCAGCAGGCGUUCCGUAAAACUAUAUAUACGCUUUCGACGGAUGCAUCGAGUGGCACCACCAGCGGCCCAGCGACGGAGACGCUCGUUCAAGCGGCGUCACCGCAAAAGACAACGAAUCUCUCGAAGGCCGUACAAACGUCCGUGCCCAACGCUCAACAGUCGAAUCCAUCCGCGGGAAUCAAUGUGCAGUCCAUCGCAAACAUUCCGACGAACGCGUUGCAGCUGUCCACCGGCAGGCAGAUACUAAACAUCGUGCAGAGCUCUGGGAAUAACGCGAACGUGGCGACCAGCCCGAAUACCAAUCAAACGCUGACGCAACUAGUGCAGAGCGUGCAAAAUGCCUCGCCUGGUGUGAUAUACACGCACAAAAUUCCUGUAACGAUAUCCACCACGAAUCCAAGUCAACUGAACAUCAUACCCACUAUAUCGCACGCAAACUCGAUACCAACGGGAAGAACACCGGUAGUCAAGUUGAACAUUAUCCGUGCUACGACUCCUUUAAGGCAACAGAACAUCACUGGAGCCAUCCAAGCAGUUCUGACGGCUCCCAGAUUGCAGCAGCAACAGCAGCAACCUCAACCGCAGCAGCAACAACAACAACAACAACAACAGCCACCAGCAGUUAGAACGGACAGUUUGAUCGGCUCUCCCAUCGAAGUCCCGAAUCAAGUCAGUUCGACGACUCUGGAACAACUGAGGGAGUUUGAGAGCGUGUUGGAACAAGUAAAGGAGAGGAGCACUAUACAACCGCAGUCUCAUCAAAUGAUAUCCACCGCCGCUACGACUACCGUGCAAACGCAAACGACCACCCAACAGACCCAAGCUACCAAACAACAACAGCAGCAGCAACAACAGCAACAGGUUUCCGUCAGCGCUCUCGCGCAGCAACUCUUGAUGCCCACGCAGCAAGCCACCAACACCGACUUCGCGAGCAACGGCAACACGGUCAAUUUUCAACAGGAUAUAUUCUCUCAGAAGGUUUCCUUGGCUUACGUGAAUCAAAAUACCGCGGCAACAGGAACUGCCAAGACUCCCAACACCGCUCCUGUCGUCGUGGUGACGAGUUACUGUCAACCAGCAGCCUCUCCGGCCUUGAGCGUCACUUCUCAGAGUUCUUCCAGCCCGUGCGUCACACCAGCACCCGCGCCCAUACCAUCCGCAGGAAAGACGCCGCCCACGCCACCCUCCUCGAAGACGGUGAAGAAAUCUGCGCCCAAGACCGUGAAAACCAGCGCCACGAACACGUCCAAGGCGUCGCCGAUCCCCAAGCCGCAACAGAAACCUCAAGAGGACGAACAGACCGCUCAGAGGAUCUACGCCAUCUUGGACGAGUACGCGGAGCAGCUGCGAAACUCGCCCGAUCUGAACAACAAACCAGCGCCGAGGAGACGAUCGAAUCCGCCGACGAAUCCUAGUCAGUCCUCGAAAAGGAAGAAGUCCAGCGCGAACAAGGCGAAACCGGUCGGUCAACAAAACUCGGAGCUGAGCCCCAGCACUGACGACCUCGGCAGGACCAUGGGCAGCGAGGAUUCCUCCAGCGGUGUCGUUCACGUGCAGGACAGCCCUGCUGCAGGCUUCCCAGCUCCCGAGGAAUCCACCAGCAAUGUCGGAAACGUCACAGACGCCAGCGCCGAAGUUCGAAACCUGACCAACGAUUCCAACGACGGAGUCGAGCUGAACGUCAAGAGGCGAAACCUGAUUUUCGCCGAGCCUGGCUCUGGACAGCCGAGAGCUGUGAUCGUCCAGGAGGCCGUGCAGACGAGUUCCGUGAGCGUAAGCGAGGCUCUGGCCUCCGUAACAGGAAAAAUGGGAAGCACGGCUGUCCUGGUUCCAGGCACCAAUUACAUCCUGCCGAUGAACCUGAUGAAGGGCGGCCAACAAUUCACGAUAGUGUCCAGCGGAUCGAAGCUACUCGCCACGGUGCCCGCGACGGUUCGAACCACUGGGAACACCGGCGUCUCGAACACUUUGGUACUGCAAUCGUUUUUGAAUCAAGCGGGGAAAAUCAUCUCGCAGCCGGCACAGGUAAAGCAAGUGAAGAUACCGACGUUGCAGACAUUGUCUGGCAAUCAGACGCUAACGGCCGCGCAGAACGUUCAGGCAGCUUCCGUAGUCAUUCCUCCGAGUGGAAACGGUGGCCAAUUUACCGCGGAGACAGCGACGGCGACGGCAACGGAGAAGAGUAAUAUCAUCGGUGACUUGACCAUGGCGAAAACCGAUACAGUCACGGGUGGAGUGCCCGUCGAGCCGCCUUCAAACGCAAUCGUCGUGAACAAAAGUAAUUCGGCUAUUGGUUUGAUUCAACGAAAUUUGAACGAAGCUUCAGAGAGCCAACAGAUAUGCGGGGUUAUUACCAGCAAUCCCAACUUGACUCUUCAGGGAACGAGACUGUUCAAUUCGUCUAUACACAAAUUGUCGACGCCUACGGGACUGAAGUCUGAGAAUGUGGUGUGUCUGACACCGACAGCAGCAACGAUCGCUCACACAACCGAGAAGAAACCAUCGCAGGAGUCCCAAGUUCACAAUGAGAAGCCAGUUUCCAUUCAAACGGGAGCCACGAUCGCGUUAGCUUUCGCUACACAGUCGGACGUUUCCAUGCUGAACGACAGUCAACAACAACAACAGCAACAAAAAGAUAUGAAGGAGAUAUCGACGGAUAUAAUCCACGGCGGCAAGAUCAUCUCCCCGAAGGCAGUGAAAAGAAAAAUCGACGACGCUAUGGGUAUGUCGGCGAAAGUUCCGAAAACCUUGAUAGCUUCCAACUCUGUCGUUUGUUCGAGCAACGCCAGGUCGUUGCAGAAUAACGCGGCUGUCGAUUCCAUGUCCACGAUCGUGACCAGCAAACAACCAGGGAUAAUGGACAAUGCGACACAGUUCUUGGUAACCGGCGGUCCAAGCAGUUCCGACAGUCAAGAGUCGCCUAUUCAGCAAUCCAGCGAGGGUAUCGACGUGUCCUGCAAAGUUGGAAACGGCUUAUUGUACGGAAACGCGAGGUUACAAGAAGCUUGGGAACCGGAAGGCAAAGUUUCGCCAGACACGCCGUGGCGAUACGUUCCUACGUCCACGAAUUCUCUGAACAUCGAGCCCCUGAACUCCAGAUACGCCGACAACCCAGAGAACGUGCAGAGCGUUCUGCAGAUUAUCAACAAAGGCCAGGGUAUCGAGAUGGCGGGCGGACAGAUUUAUCAAACCAACACGAAAAAGUAUUUUAUGAAUCACACUUUGGAGCCGUUUCAGCAAUACACGAAUAAAAGUAACAUGAUGAAGACGCCGCUGACGCCCAGAUUGGAACGGGAACUGUUGCAGCAAAAAAUGGAGAGGAAAGCCGCGGCAAUAGAGCGCGAGAUGAGGCUACAGAAAAGUUUGUCCGAGGAAUGCGAGGAUCUGGGGGUAGACGAACCCAGUACCAGCGAUUUGUUCCCUGAAGCUGACCUCUUGUUCGACACGAAUCACUCGCCCUCGUUCGAUCACUCGUCCCAAGACGCGUCGUGCAGUCAGCCGCUAGGUAUGAAAUCGUAUGGCGGUUCUUAUUUCCGUUCUCUGGAUUCGUCGAGCGGGAGCAGGGACGCCAGUCCCGUCGCCGACUUCAAGGUAAACGAACGUAGAAAAAUCACCAGCCAGCGGACAAGGUCCUCGAAGGACUCCUUGAAGAGAUCGAAGAGGGAAAAAGUGGAAGAUCUCCAUUUGGAAAAUCCAGUGAAGCACUUGCGAUUAACCUUGGACAACUCGAGCCAGGACGAGGCGUCGAACAGUAAUUCCGAUGUCUCGAGACUCUCGCCUACGAACUUGGGAUCCUUGGAGAACGACUCGUUGAAGAACACCGGUCGAACGAAGAUCGUGUCGAGGAACGGAUCGAAAGAGGGCUCGCCGAGCAGCGUAUCCAGCAUUCCAUCUAACAUGAAGCUAGACAUAGACCUGGACUCGGAAUCGCUACCGCCAACCAUCAACGUGAACAACGUGUCCGCGGCGAGCUCCGGCGACGAAAGUCUGACUCUGCUCAGCGGUAACACCGCAGACGUUACCAUACCCUCGCCGCUCUCGCCUAUCGCCGGACCCAUGCUGUCCACGCACAAAUAUACUUACACCAAUAAGAAACGCAUAGCGUCCAAGGUGACGAGAAUGGAUUACCUUUCCUGGGAGAGUCCAAUGUCCGAGAGGAUGAGAUCGAGCAGCGACGAGGAGGAUUCCAGCGUGAGCGAGUCGAUCGGCAGCCAACCAGAGGAGAACGCUCUGAGCAACGGUCUCGACGACGCAGUGCAAAGUCUCAAGUCGUUGUCCAGCGAACGGCGUUGCAGUUAUUUGAAAAAAAAGGAGAAGCUAGAGGUAAACACGAGGGUGGUGCUGAAUCGAUCCGAUCACAAGUCUGCCAGUCUCUCGAAGCGUAUAAAAGCGUCGGAAUCGAUCCAAGACUCGAUGAUGAUCUCCAGCGACAAGGCCUCCGAGGCCUCGGAUGACGAGACGAGCAACAUCGCGCUAGUCGAACCCGAUUGUCGAGCGAGACGAUCGAGCUUAAGGGGUCACGUUAAGAAGGGAUGCGCCUGCUGCAACGGUUCCCCGGAACGACCGAAGAAAAAAUCCGUCAAGUCGGAUCAUUCGAGGCUAAAGAAACGAUUGUCCGCGAAACAGGCUGGGAAGAAAAGGUAGUCCUAGCGUUCGACGAAGGCUCGACGGAGCAUCGCGUGUUCUAUCGUAAUGGUGCACGCGUCCCUGGGACGCGUUGUCCAGUCCAGUCCAAUGACGGAAGAGAGAACGGAGCUUUCGGACGAUCGAACUCGUCCUUGGGGCCUCUGCGUCGACGGACGAAGCUAGAACCGGAAGUGGAAGACGCUAGAAGCCGGGGGACGCGUCGAAGGAUACCGUGAGGAUUCGUGUUGGGGUCGCUUGGGAGGGCGAUGAUCCAUAGAAAUACCAAGCUUCUUGUACAUAUGUAUCGGCAAAAGAAACUUUUAUUGCAGCCUCGUGACUCGGUGUGCCUAUACCAUGCAUAGGCAAAUGAUUUGUUAACCGCGAGACAGAUAUCUCCGUAAAUAUAAAUUGAACACUGACAAUUCGUUUCGCGCGGUGUGGGAGGGAACGAAGAACGAUUCGUCAGCAGAUUCUCGGGCGAGAAUAGAUCAUCCUUUUACCACUAGAUGUUACUAUGAUACGUAGACGUAAGGUACAGAUUAUAAUGAAUGGCAGACUUAGAUUAAAUCGUUAAGAAUAUUAGAGACGCAAUCUAGUCAAGAGAUAAGGUUUCGUGGCGAGAAUUUGGCGUGUUUAAAAGAGAGAGCGAACGAGAGAUAGAGUGAAUGAGAAAAGGUAAAAAAUAAAGAAUAGAAUGUAUAUCCGGUUGUUGAUAGACCCCCUCGCAGAGCCUGAAUUUAUAAUUCUGUCUACUGUAUCUAUCAUAACAAUACUAUUCCACGUUCUAACACGGUGUGGUCAGACUGAGUAGACAAAAUAGUCUAAUAGAUCUGGUUCGGCGAAUUAACGUAGUAAGACACGCAUUGAACUUUUGCCUUUCCGCGUAACGCUUCUCGAUAACAUAGUACCCUAACUGUAUAAUAGGGAAGAUCCUUGUAAAUUGUAGCGUCGUACCUUGAAUCGAAGAAGUCGACGGGAGAUUAAACGGACGAUCGAUCGAAGCGGAAUCAUCACGAUGAAAUAGUAGAGGGUAUCGAGAAGAAAUUGAUGUGGAAGGGGUGCGGGGGGGAGGGGAGGGAGCAUAGAGAAAAUGAGGAAGUUUAUAUAAAUAUUAUAAUUGAAAUCAUCUUUUCUGUCGUACGGGCCGACCAUACCUUAUCACGGUGCAUGUAAAAAAAAAAAAGUACCCAAAAAACUGUACAUUACGUAGAUAAUUCAUUAAAAGUAUAAUAUUAUAUCGCUGCACUUUAGUACAAAAUCGCUUCACCUUAUUUCAGAAUGACAGGUUUAUAUCAUCUUUCGGUGUGCUGUCGUGACGCGUGAGAAUGCCUGCAAUUUAUUAUAAAUUAUAAACAAACAAAAGAAGAAAAAAAUGAAAAAGAAACACUUGUAAAGGUUGUGCGAUAUAAGCUAUGGAGAACACGACGCUCGAUCGAACUUUUGCGUAAAUUUCUUUUCGCGCUUUGAUCGCGGAGUGAUCCAUUCGAAAUUUCUCGCGUGUAAAUGGCUAGAAUUUGUUAGUUGAUGCGCGUGUUAUAUAUAUAUAUAUUAUAUAUUAUAAUAUAUAUUAUUAUAAUAUAUAUAUUAUCUCCGGCGCAAAAAGCUAAGAGUUAAGAAUGUUGAAAAGUAAUGUUCCUGUGAAUUGUCUCCUUUCGUAAUAUGAACCAAAGUGGCUCCGUUUAAAAGGAAAACAUAAAAAAAAGAUAGCAGGUGAGGGAGGAGGGAGAAAAGUAAUGGAGAGAGAUGCAUUAAAUUGUACUGUCUUUCUUGCAAUCGGAUGUAAAUUGUAUUAGUUCUAUUGCUUCACUUUGAACGUAUUAAUGUAAGGUAGAUAUUCUCCGUUUUCGUUUUUCCAUUCUGUCGACGAUUAGUAAAACUCUACCUCGUGCACGCGUCGAUCAUCAUCUUUCUCGUAGUUCUCGUCGCGGUUUAUCAGCAAUUUAUGCAACGCGUAUUAGUCGAAGUAAUCGCCCGCUGAUGCUCGAACGAUUCGCGAAUCAUUUCACCGGAAGCUGCUACAAGGGUGUCCUGAAGGCUGGCAUAGACAAUCCGUAAUCGGUAUUACGAAAUACAUAUAAAGACUAGUGGCAACCUCGACACCGGCGUGUAUAUAUUUCUCUUAUCAGUAAUUAUCAAUACGAACACGCUCCCAGCCGUGAUUCUCUCCAAACAUUGUCGUAACAGACAUCUUCGCUGCUAGAGUUGGGCAUAUUUUUAUGCAGAUAACGAGUAGCGCUUUAUCUACGUCUACACUUUUAUUAACAAGUCACGAAGGAAGCGUUACUCGAACAACGUUUUAUUCGGAAGUCCUUUACACGAAUAAAAAUUGCACCCAGAGAAAAGUUUAUUUUCCGCCGACGAGGCCUGGAUAAAUUAUUGGAAUAAAAUCAUUUUUUUUUUUAACUAGAUGAUCGUCUAGAUAAAGAUUUAUUCUAAUAACGCUCAACUCUGCUAACCAAAUCGCGCGUUUUCAGUUUCGUUUCAUUCCACGCGAUGUCCCGUAAGCCAGAGUACAAGUAUUAUUUUUCUAAACGAAGAAUCUUUUCUUCCGAAAUAGUAUCCCGCGUUCUCUGCUUACUUUUCAACGAGGAACCGUUCUCUUGGUCACGCCACGAAUUAUGGGACACUCUGUAUACGCGUAAAGCCUUUUUGUAAAUAGCAUUCUACCCUAACUUCCUCGGAGUGCCACUUUUCACCGAGUUUCUCGAGAAACCUCCUCGAAAUCGUUUUCGAAGCGGAUCCGACGAGUUUCCAGCGGUGCGCGGGUCGACGAGAAAGAAACCGAGUUAUCGCUAUUGUCUAAAAUUAAGCUCUUAUCUUCCUGUACAUUUAAACCGAGGUAAGAAGAGAAAGUGGCGGAAGGAAAGAGAAGAGGGGGAAGCGAAUGAAACGAAAACGGUCCGCGUGUAGCUGCUACACGAUAGGGACGGGCAAAAUUCGUAACGACGAUCGCGAAUAACGAAUAAAAAUCGAACAUCUUGUUAUUCGUUGGCGAUUUUAGUUUGAAUUCGAUCGAUAAAAUAUAGAAAAACUAAACUGUGUGACUAUAUUCGAUCAGGUAAAGAUCGCGAAUAAACGUACGAUUUUAUUCGCCUGUUCGAAUAAAAUUUUGCCCGUCUCUGAUACACAAAAAUAGACGGACGGAGACGUUUAGAAGUGAUGCAUCUGUGUGUAGAUGUAAAUUUUCGAUGGGGGUGUCGCACCAAGAUAAUAAUACGUAUUUUUUGAUGGGCUGGACAAGAAAAAAAAAAAAACGUCGUUACAUGUAGCUUAUACGUUAGAGCAAAGCAAGCGAGCGCAAGAGACCAGAGAGAGUGUGAGGGAGUGACUGUCGAAGAGUAAUUCGGUUGUCGGUGACAGCCUGGCCUUUUUUGCCACCUUUAGUCGUACCAACCGCAUUUAUAAUAGAGGGGUAACCGUAGUCUUCGUAAAAAAAAAAAAGAAAAAAACAA